AUGGAGUCCUCCAGUACUCUCCCAUCGGAUGUAUUAUUCGAAAUCUUUAGCCGAACAUCUCUAAAAACCAUUGGGCGAUCCAGAUUGGUUUCCAAGGAUUUGAACUUGGCCACCUAUGAGUCAAGUUUUGUGCAAGCAUUUCGUCAAAGAACAAAAACAAUUUCUGGGUUCUUCACACAAACCUUGUUUUCUAACAAGCCCACGUCUCAACAGUUCGUCUCUACCACAAAUUUGGGUACUGAUUCUUCACUCUCCCUUAAAUUUUUGCCUUGUCGUCACGUCAAUAUUAAAGCUGCUACCAAACAAGGUAUAUUGUUAUGCGUGAAUGAAAGUGACACAAGAAGACGGAAAAUACCUGAAUAUUAUGUCUGCAAGCCUAGUACCAAAGAAUGGCAUCAAAUACCGAACCCCAGAACACGCUACUACACCGAGAGAGUUGGGAUGAUGGUACUUAGAUCAGAGCCUUUGUGCUAUAAGAUAGUUCGGUUUUCACAACCCAAAUCUCCGUGCAUUAAGUACAAGUCUAUUUUGUACAAUGUCCUUCAUUGUGAGAUUUUUUCUUCCGAAAAAUGGGCGUGGAAAAGAUUGGAAGAUGUCUUGUUGCCAUGCUCUGAGUUCUUAAGCUUUGAACCUGCGGUGUCUGCUUGUGGUGCACUUAAUUGGAUUAUGAGCAACAACGAAAUCUUCACAUUUUUUGUAGAUACAGAGAGCUCGACAAUGUUUGAUCUUCCUUUCCCUUUGUGCAAAAAAUACUAUUUUAAGCAUAUGAAGCUUGUGGAGUAUAGUGGCCGCCUUGCAAUGCUUUGCAUAGAAGAUAGUUCAAUGCAACUGUGGGUGUUGGAAGAUUACGACACAAAAAUAUGGAGCAAGAGACCGACUAUAAGCCUGAAAGCCGUUCAAGGGGUGGAAUCCUAUACUUCUCCAUUAAGUCUUGACAGUUCUGAUAUUCUUGUAAUCACAGUCUACCGGUGGGUAGCUGCUUCAAACCAGGUUUUCCUGGUUUUGUGGGCAGAGAUUCUUCAUCUCUGCUCACUCCAACGGCCUUUCGACCUGUUUCUCGCCUUUGGGCGUUUGAUUUGUUAUUGGUGCCUUGAUUGUAAUGUUUUCUUCCCUGGUUGUACCCCUUUCGGGGAGUUGUUUCCUUUGGUUUGA